AUGGUCAAGCUCACCGAAGUCGAGGACGAGCACUUCGCCCAGGAGAAGCCCCAGCCCAGCAAGCACAACGUCCUUCUUGCCUCGGAUGACGAAGAGGAGGACGAUGACUACACUGACACCGAAUCCGAGAUCUCCACCGAGUCCUACGAAGAGCUCGAGAGCGAGACCCUGUACGACCGCAUCUAUGCCCUGAAGGACAUGCUUCCUCCCUCCGCUCGCCGCUCCCUCACCUCCACCGUCAACACGGUCACCUCCUUCACAAAGUCCAGCGUGACGUUCAGCGGCAAGGCGCUGUGGAUCAUCAGCACCAGCGCGUUCCUGCUGGGUGUGCCAUGGGCUCUGGCCUACGCCGAGGAGGAGCAGUACAUCCAGAUGGAGCGCGAGCAGGGCAUGAUCAAGGGUGCUAAUGAGGUAUGGUUUUAUUGUUUUUUUUUUCUCUCUGGCCACUUGUUUUGUUACUGCUUUUUUCGACUCCUGGGAAAUUCGGGUUUGGAAGGAUUUGAGCAAAGAAGAGCAAAAAGCCCUCUUCCUCUUUUUCCCUGUUCUCGCCCGAAACCCCGGGAAUCGCUCGCCACGAAGUCCUUGGUGUACACCAUACAAGCCGAGACUGCCAUUGCAUCGACCGAUACGAGAAAAACCCCAAGAAAAAGAUGCUAA